AUGCUGGGCCUUGGCCAGUAUAAAGACUGGGGUAAGUGUGUGUGGGGGAGAGACAGUGUUAUCCGCGGCAGGAGCUACGGCUGUGAAAAACCCUUCUGCAGGUAUGGAUUCAUCUGACAUGCAAAGGAAAAAAGUAGCUGUCAUUGGAGGUGGCUUGGUUGGAUCGUUAAAUGCAUGCUUCCUUGCAAAGAGAAAUUUCCAAGUUGAUGUAUACGAAGCUAGGGAAGAUAUCCGAGUGGCUAAAUCUGUACGUGGGAGAAGCAUUAAUUUGGCUCUUUCUUAUAGAGGAAGACAAGCCUUGAAAGCCAUUGGCCUAGAAAAUCAGAUUGUAUCCCAAGGCAUUCCCAUGAGAGCAAGAAUGAUUCACUCUCUUUCAGGAAAAAAGUCUGCGAUUCCCUAUGGGACAAAAUCACAAUAUAUUCUUUCUAUAAGCAGAGAAAAUCUAAACAAGGAUCUAUUAAAUGCUGUUGAGAAAUAUCCCAAUGUGAAGAUGCACUUUGGCCACAGGUUGUUGAAAUGCAGUCCUGAGGAAGGCAUGAUCACAGUACUUGGAUCUGACAAAGUUCCCAAAGAUGUCACUUGUGACCUCAUUGUAGGAUGCGAUGGAGCCUAUUCAACUGUCAGACGUCACCUCAUGAAGAAACCCCGCUUUGAUUACAGUCAGAAAUACAUUCCUCAUGGGUACAUGGAAUUGACUAUUCCACCUAAGAAUGGGGGUUUUGCCAUGGAACCUAAUUAUCUGCACAUUUGGCCUAGAAACACCUUUAUGAUGAUUGCACUUCCUAACACGAACAAAUCUUUCACCUGUACUUUGUUUAUGCCUUUUGAAGAGUUUGAAAAGCUCCAAACAAGUCGAGACGUACUGGAUUUCUUCUAUAAGUACUUUCCGGAUUCUGUUCCUCUCAUUGGAGAGCAAGCCCUGGCACAAGAUUUCUUCCUGUUGCCUGCCCAGGCCAUGAUAUCUAUAAAAUGCUCCUCUUUUCACUUUAAAUCACAUUGUGUGCUGAUGGGAGAUGCAGCUCAUGCAAUUGUGCCUUUUUUUGGGCAAGGAAUGAAUGCGGGCUUUGAAGACUGCUUGGUAUUUGAUGAGUUAAUGGAUAAGUUCAAUAAUGAUCUUAGUAUGUGUCUUCCUGAAUUCUCAAGAUUUAGAAUGCCUGAUGACCAUGCGAUUUCAGACCUAUCCAUGUACAAUUACAUAGAGAUGCGAGCACACGUCAACUCACCAUGGUUCAUCUUCCAAAAGAACAUAGAGAGAUUUCUUCAUGCUAUUAUGCCAUCUACCUUUAUCCCUCUCUACACCAUGGUCACGUUUUCCAGAAUAAGAUACCACGAGGCAGUGCUGCGCUGGCAUUGGCAACAAAAGGUGAUCAAAAAAGGAGCCUUUUUCUUUGGAACACUGAUAGCCAUCAGUAGUACCUACCUACUUAUACGCUGCAUGUCACCGAGACCCCUGGACUACUUGAGAAGACCAUGGAACUGGGUCACUAACUUCCAUAAUACAACAUGUUUCCCUGCAAACUCCAUGGAAUUACUAGAACAAAUCCUCAAUGUCAUUAGCAGGUGAUAGAAAGGUCCUGAAGUAGCAAAUAUACUUGAUUUCUCUGUAACGAAAACUAAGAAUUAAACCAUUUUUCAUAUCAUAUUUAUUUCACUAAUAGAAGAUACUUGUCACCUUAUAAUUAAAUUAAAUAUAUAAUU